AUGAGCUUCAACGCCAUGUUCAACCGCCUUCAGGGCCAGCCUGAAAGCUACGAGCGAAAGGCAAAGUACCGCUUCGGACGGACACUGGGUGCCGGCACCUACGGUAUUGUGCGCGAGGCCGACGGGCCGGAUGGCAAGGUCGCAAUCAAGAUCAUCCUAAAGAAGAAUGUCAAGGGGAACGAGCGCAUGGUUUGGGACGAACUGGACAUGCUGCAGCGUCUCAAGCACCCGCACAUUGUCCGGUUUGUGGACAGCUUCGAAUCAAAAGACAAGUAUUACAUUGUCACAGAGCUUGCGACAGGUGGAGAGCUUUUCGACCGAAUCUGUGAGCAGGGAAAGUUCACAGAGAAGGAUGCUUCGCAAACGAUCAAGCAGGUCCUCGGGGCUGUCGAUUUCCUCCACCACAACAACAUUGUUCACCGGGACCUGAAGCCCGAGAACUUACUUUACCUCACAAAAGACCCUCACUCAGACCUCGUGCUGGCUGAUUUCGGUAUUGCAAAGAUGCUGGACACGAAGGACGAGGUGCUUACCACCAUGGCUGGCUCAUUCGGUUACGCUGCUCCUGAGGUCAUGCUGAAGAAGGGUCACGGCAAGGCGGUCGACAUGUGGUCCAUGGGUGUCAUUACCUAUACCCUCCUCUGCGGCUACUCUCCGUUUCGCUCUGAAAACCUGCAAGACUUGAUUGACGAAUGCAGCAACGGCACAAUCGUCUUCCACGAAAGAUACUGGAGAGAUGUCAGCCCCGAUGGCAAGGACUUCAUCAUGAAACUGCUUCAACCAACUCCUGAAGACAGAUGGACCAGUGAGCAAGCGAUGAAGCACCCCUGGCUCAGCGGAGAGACGGCCACCGACCACAACUUGCUGCCAGAGAUUAAGGCUUACAUGGCCAAGGCUCGCCUGCGCCGUGGUAUUGAGCUGGUCAAGCUGACGAACCGGAUUGAGGCCCUCAAGAUGGCCGAGGAUGACCCGGAGAACCCCGACUUUGCCGACGCGCAGCAGGAGCAAACACCGGAGCAAAAGGCCGUGGCGGCCGCCGCGGGUGCCAGCGGCAAGGCGAAGCUCUCCAAGGCCAUGAAGAGCGCCAUCUUCCGCGAAGUCGUGCUUGCCAAGGUCCGCGAGAUGAAGGAGGAGGAGCAGACCCUCAAGAUCAAGGAGGAGGUCGAGAAGGAGGCCAAGCGCAAGAGCUUUACCGGUUAA